AGAGUUCACCCAAUGCAGAUGGCGUACAUCCUGGUCGUUUGACAACAUUCAUCGUCUUUUCUUACAGAAAAACAAACAUGUAAAAUAUAUUCACCCAGCGAGGAUUGUGUCCAUUACGACGCAGACUAGGUUGAGACCAGUGUAGACUAUUCCUGGGAGGCAUUAAGGGCAACAGAAGGAAACAAAAAAAAAAAAGAAAGAAACGACCAGUCUUGCUGAUGGACGUAUUAUCUCGCGUUGUGCCAUCGUAUCGCUAUUUUGCCUCGUCGUUGGAAAUGAGUGCGGACAUGUAGCUAAUGUGUUGUUCUGUAAAAUAUCGUCGACUUUCCUCCCCCAUGUUUAACAGUGUGCUGUGUGCUCCGAGAGGGAAGUGAGGUCGCACACCCUGCAGGCCUUACUCUGUGUGUUUCUUUUCUACUUCACAUUAGCAGCUUUGUUUUGUUGUUGUUUUUUUGUUGUUGGUUUAUAGUUUUUGCGAACAAGUCAGAGUAACGUUACGAAAAGAGGUAUUUUUUUUACACAGCACACACACAGACACACACAUUGUAACGUUACAAUGAGUUUCUUUAGUUUCGGACAAAGUGCAGAAAUUGAUGUAGUCCUGAAUGACGCUGAGACGAGGAAGAAGGCUGAACACAAGACUGAAGAUGGAAAGAAAGACAAAUACUUUCUCUUCUACGAUGGCGAGACUGUCAGUGGAAAGGUGAAUGUCACACUGAAGAACCCCGGGAAGAGACUGGAGCACCAAGGGAUCAAAAUUGAAUUUGUUGGCCAAAUAGAGCUGUAUUACGACAGAGGGAACCAUCAUGAGUUUGUUUCCCUCGUGAAAGAUCUCGCAAGACCGGGUGAAAUAACUCAGUCGCAGACCUUCGACUUUGAGUUUACUCAUGUUGAAAAACCUUACGAGUCCUACACAGGCCAGAAUGUCAAGCUAAGAUAUUUUCUUCGUGCCACUGUGAUCAGAAGAUUAAAUGACAUCAGUAAAGAGAUGGACAUCGUGGUCCACACACUGAGCACUUACCCCGAACUCAACUCCUCCAUUAAAAUGGAAGUUGGCAUUGAGGAUUGUCUCCACAUUGAGUUUGAAUACAACAAAUCAAAGUACCAUCUGAAAGAUGUAAUUGUGGGAAAGAUCUAUUUCCUGCUGGUGAGGAUUAAGAUUAAGCACAUGGAGAUUGACAUCAUAAAACGUGAGACAACGGGCACCGGCCCAAGUGUGUACCAUGAAAACGACACUAUCGCCAAGUACGAGAUUAUGGACGGAGCUCCGGUCAGGGGAGAGUCCAUUCCCAUCCGGUUAUUUCUGGCCGGUUAUGAUCUGACUCCCACCAUGCGAGACAUCAACAAGAAGUUCUCUGUGCGCUACUACUUGAACCUGGUGCUGAUUGAUGAGGAGGAGAGACGUUACUUCAAACAACAGGAAAUCACACUGUGGAGGAAAGGGGACGUGGUGAGGAAGAGCAUGUCUCAUCAGGCCGCCAUCGCCUCUCAGAGGUUCGAGGGCUCUGCUGCUUCAGAGAGCGCGCUGGAGCAGGCCGCGAAGGAGGAGAGCGGGUAGAGCCGCAGCCCCUCCAGUCUCCUCUUUCGGCACUCAUCGGCGUCUGCGACGGAGUGUCGGAGGUACCUGUCAACUGUACAACAUCUGGUGAAGCAGCUGUUUUUAUUCGUAGCCGCUGCUGGGAGGAAGAAGGGAGACCAUACAUACAGUAAUAGAGUAUGUGAACAAUGAAACAGUUUGCAUGAGGCAUUCAGAGUGGCUUCAGGCUGCUGGUCUUGUCCUUCCUCAUUAAUGCAUUAAUUCUUUUUCUUUAUGGGAAUCAAACUAAUCACCUGUCGCAAUGUGUAAAUGUUUCAUGUGAAAUUAUUGAAUUUGUAAGCCUUCUGUUGGUUACACUCUAACGCUUUUCUCGGGAUAAAUUGAUUUCUAAUUUCUUUAUUAACGCAACUGAAUUGUCAUGAAUUUUCAACAACAUUCCACCUUAAAUGAAUGCAUUCCUAACACUGUUAUGAGGUCAAGAAAUCUGAGAUACUUUGCACUGCUAUAUCUGGCUGAACACAUUUUUCUCUGUGUUUCUGUGUUUGCACAAAAAAAAUAGUGGAAACUGGAAUCUUUUUUGAGUGAGAGGGCUCAAGUAUUAACCCACACAUUUUUUUAUUAUUAUCUGUAAAUAAGACCAGCUAAAACCUUUAAUCUUGUUCCCUGGUCCUGCUUGUGUACGUUGACUAUACAGUAGUACACAGUGCCACAAAAUGACCUUUCAUGUUCAUAUGCUUUACCUCAGCAUUCCAGUAUUGUUAGGAGAGGGUGUUGUGUUAAGGUCUGAUAGUAUGAAGUCUUCUGUAUCCUCUUUAUUAGAGACUUGAAAGUUGUGCCUAAGUGUAUCAAGCAAAUGAAAUCCUCCUGCCUCUAACAUAAUUUUAGUCUUUUAACCAGAGAAAUGUUACAUUAGAACUAUCUAUCUUUUGCAAAAUGCUAAUCAAUUCUUCCUUGUCCCCAAAAGUCAAAUAAAUUGAUGCCAAAU